AAAACCUGCUAGUCCUGCUACUGCGUUUCUCUCUCACCUCACUGUGACAAGAUUUUAGCCGGGAUUUCAGCUCGUGAUAAUUAAUAAAAACGUGUGUUAUGAAGAGCAGUGUAAAUUGAACUUAAGUUCUUUUGUAUUACGUUGAAGAGAACAAAGGAAAACAAUGCCGGAUAUCAAGAUAACUCCCUUAGGAGCUGGCCAAGACGUUGGCAGAAGCUGCAUUCUCAUUUCAAUUGGGGGCAAAAACGUGAUGAUGGACUGUGGAAUGCACAUGGGCUAUAAUGACGAGCGUCGCUUUCCUGACUUCACGUACAUCGCACCGCAAGGUCCAUUGGACAACUUCUUGGACUGCGUCAUCAUUUCCCAUUUUCACCUAGACCACUGUGGAGCUUUGCCUUUUCUCACGGAAAUGUUCGGGUACUCUGGGCCGAUUUUGAUGACCCACCCAACCAAGGCCAUUUGUCCAAUUCUUUUGGAGGACAUGAGGAAAGUUGCGGUGGAACGGAAAGGCGAAAGCAACUUCUUCACCUCGCAGCACAUCAAGGAUUGCAUGAAGAAAGUGACAGCCGUGACCCUGCAUCAGAGCCUCAAGGUUGGCAAGGACCAGGUCCUUGAGGUCAAAGCCUAUUAUGCUGGACACGUCCUGGGAGCAGCCAUGUUCAGAAUCACCGUCGGCUCGCAGUCCAUCGUGUACACAGGUGAUUACAACAUGACUCCAGACAGGCAUCUCGGCGCAGCUUGGAUUGACAAGUGCAGGCCGGAUUUGCUCAUUACCGAAUCUACCUAUGCCACAACAAUUCGUGAUUCAAAGAGAUGCAGAGAGCGAGACUUUCUGAAAAAAGUGCACGAGUGUGUGGACCGAGGAGGAAAAGUUCUGAUCCCUGUGUUCGCCCUGGGCCGAGCGCAGGAACUGUGCAUUCUGCUGGAAACCUACUGGGAGCGGAUGAACCUGAAAGCUCCAAUCUACUUCGCCCUCGGACUGACAGAGAAGGCAAACAACUAUUACAAGAUGUUCAUCACGUGGACAAACCAGAAAAUCCGCAAGACCUUCGUGCAGCGCAACAUGUUUGACUUCAAACACAUCAAGCCGUUUGACAAGUCCUACAUCGACAAUCAAGGGCCAAUGGUCGUGUUUGCCACGCCUGGAAUGCUGCACGCUGGUCUCUCGUUGGCCAUUUUCAAAAAGUGGGCUCCAUCUGAAACCAACAUGGUUAUUAUGCCUGGCUACUGUGUAGCUGGAACUGUUGGACACAAAAUUCUGAAUGGAGCCAAGAAAGUUGAAUUUGAAAACAGGCAGUUCGUUGAAGUGAAAAUGUCUGUUGAGUACAUGUCUUUCUCGGCACACGCCGACGCUAAGGGAAUCAUGCAGCUAAUCCAGUAUUGCGAACCGAAAAAUGUGAUGCUGGUGCACGGAGAAGGCAAGAAGAUGAAUUUCUUGAAGGAGAAAAUCCAGCAGGAAUUCGGGGUGAAGUGCUACACGCCGUCGAACGGUGAAACAAGCGUGAUUCAUACAGUGCCGUCGAUCGCCGUGGACAUUGACCUGCCACUGCUCAAAUCAGAAGCCAAGCAGUACAACUCGCAGCCGCCAGAUCCAAAGAAGCAGCGGCUCUUGCACGGCGUCCUCGUCAUGAAAGACAAUGCGAGCACAAUGUGCCUCAUGGAUGUGGAGCAAGCCUGCAGAGAAGCAGGCAUUGCGCGGCAUGUGCUGCGCUUUUCAUCCACAAUCACUGUCGACGAUGCCGGCCCCUCCAGCAAAACCACUGAUAAAUUGUACCAAAUGAUUAAAAGUCACCUGGACGAUUUUAACGUGCACCUGACCGACGGCGCCAUCAAUGUGGAAUCAGUAAUGGUCAACGUCGACUGCUCUGAGAAUGACAAGAAAAAUAUUCUCGUCUCUUGGACAAACGAGGACGAGGAGUUGGGAAGCUUUAUUCUCAAGUUGCUACAAAACAUGGGUCGAUGAACAAUUGUUGUCAAAUAAAUUAACUGAUGCAUUUCUAUUUAA